ACUUCUGGAGAUCAUCUGGCCCUGCUUGGAUGUACUGGUAUGGUUUCUCCCUUCCCAGAAUGGUUCUGCUUCUAUCACUCACGAAGUUUCAGAAACAUGGACACGUCAACGCAAAGUCUCGCACCAGGUCAUGUCCCGCCCAACGGCGGAGUUGCUAUACGAUUAUCCAUCUGUAGAAUGCAAGCGCCUCUUACAGAUGAGCAAAGACCCUUUGAAUUGCAUCGCUCAGCGAGUAAUAUACCAGUCGUACCAUUGCUCGGCUCUCGUGGGGAGCUUCUCACUCUGCCGACGAACUUCGCAUUGGUACAUAAUAUCGGGCUACUAGUUCCUAUUUCCCCCUCCGGCGCAGUUCCCGACAUUGUCUCAUGGCUCUCUCACCUCCCUGCUUGGCUAAGUCCCUGGCAACAAGUUGAAAACGCCAGCAUGCAAUAUAUAUAUCGGGAGCACAAAUUCUUCCGGCACUACUACGACACCGUAAAAUCCGCCAUCUCAAACGGAAUUGCAGCACCCAGCUGCAUGAAAGUGUUCCUUGGAGGAAAAGAUAAAGGGACGCACGACAUGCGUGAUGAAGAAGGCUAGUACAUUGUUGGAAUGAUAGCUAUUGCCGGUGCACUGACGAUUGGGAGCCUGUUGCAGAGUCAUCCACUGGCGAUGUGCCAGCAUCCGGAGUGGAAGAGAAGUUGAGGGAGGAGAUGAGGAGUGUUUGUGGGGCGAGGUGUCCGGAGUGGGAGGAUAGACAGAGAUUGCCGAUGUUGAGGGCUGUGGUGAAGGAGGUGGUUAGGUGGAGACAGCCUGUUCCUACUGGUAUGUUCCAUAAGCGAGAUUUGCUUACCCUUUUCAGUUCUUUCCAAAGAUAAUUGCUCUUUGUAAGACGGAUUAUAACGUGCAAUCUCUAAUUCACGAUCGGGAUCCCCCACUGUCUCGAAAAAGAUGAUCUCUACAACGGGUACCACAUCCCAGCAGGCGCCCCAAUCCAUGCUCUAGAAUGGGGUAUAACCCGCGAUCCCACCAUCUAUCCCUUCCCUGACUCCUUCCUUCCCGGACGCUGGCUCUCCCCCUUCUACCCAGUAUACCGUGAACCCCUAACUCAAUACCCCACCCUCAAAGCACACUCUCAGUUCGGAUUCGGCUGCCGUACAUACACAGGCGUCGAUAUCAUCGAGUAGUAACUGUUCUUUGUAAUGGGUGGUCUUGCUUGGGCAUUUGACAUUAGGAAGAAGAGGGGGCUGGACGGUAAGGAGAUUGAGAUUCCGCUGGCGAAGUAUACGAGUUUAUUAAUUGCGAAGCUGGACAUGUUUGAGUUUGAGUUUAGGGUCGUGGAACGUGGUGGGGAGGGAAUGAAAGAGACUGGAGAGGAUAUGGUGGGAUGUUAGUGAUGGGUGGGUAGAGGAUUCGAUCCCUGAGGAUGGAGCCUUUGGUACAGGUGGGAGUUUGUUUGAAAAGGGGGAGGGUGAUCAACUUGAAAAUUUGGAGACGCCGGAGAGGGGGGGGCUGAGUGAGAGGGAUAGUGGCAGUGACAGAGAUGGGGAAGAUUUCCUUGUUGAGUAGGAGGUUCUCAUUAGGAUUGAUCAGGUGAAGGUUGAUUGUCCGGGGGCUUAGAGGUAAACUGUAUUUUGGAGCAACACUUUGGGAUGAACAUGGGCACACUCUCAUCAUCAGAAUCAGAACGUUGAUUUUGAUGUCGCCGAUGGAUGAUAGGCUAUGAUCGACACAUUCAUCUCAUAGGUAGUAUCAUGGUUAAGAAGUCGACUUCUGGUAGCAGCACCUCCGUAAUUGCCUCACCAUUCAUAGUUGUCAGCAUCCACCCAAAGAUUGGCUCGGUAACUCAUGGGUGUUUCUUUGCCGAGAAAAACAAAAACAAAGGAAAGCUCAAACUCUAUUGCAGCCAUCGUGACAUCUAGAGCUCAAUACUUGAGCUGAACGUGACAGUAGCGGUAAAAGAUCUCGAAAAACUCGGGAACUGUGGUUCCACAAUGUUUACUGUCUCGCCAGCACACCUUUCCCUAUGGACAAUUGCAAAACGAAGGAAAGUCUAGAUCGCAGGAACUGUGU